AUGUAUGCACAGUGCACUCGAAAUCGUAAGAGUCGAAACCUCAACUCGGAUGAAAGUCUGAGGCCAGCAAAGAAAACCGGGCGUGACGGAAACCCACAGUUCUCGGCCAACACGGAAACGGCUCACCAGUUCCAGGAGUACACGUAUAAGAAAAUUACACCGUGCGAUUUUUGUUCACAGGUCCUCAGAGGACACACCAGACAAGGUCUCAAGUGUCGGGUGUGCAAGAUGAACGUGCACUUGGACUGCCAGGAGAAAGUCACCACUCGUUGUCAGGUGAAGUCACGGCUGUUGCGCCGCCAGAAGUCUACGUCAGAGAUCGAGACGAAGAUGGCGGCAAUGAACGUGGCGGGCCGCGACGACGAUGAAGUAAUUCCCGGUGCGGACGGCGGCGGUGGUGUUGGCGGUGCCGGUGUUGGUGGUGUUGGUGGAGGAGGUGGUGGUGGUGGAGGUGGCGUUGGAGGUGGUGGAGGCGGCGGUGGGGGCAGUGGUGCAAGCGGCGGCCUCCAGCUGCAGCUGGACGGCGCGGGACAACCGGUCGACCAGGUGUACCAGGUGCUGAAGCAGGCCGGCGAGAUCCGCACGUCGCCCAGACCGGGCGGCGGGCCUUCCGGUUCACGGCAGCAGCAACAGAUGGCCGUCGGCGGGCCGCCCACUGAACCACUGCCCAGAUCGUCGCCAUCGCAGCAGCAACAGCAGCAGCAGCAGCAGCAACAGCAACAGCAACAGCAGCAGCAGCACCCGCAGCAGCACCUGCAGCACCCGAACAGUUUAGGUAGACCGGGAACCACGCUGAACGUCACGUCGCCGCCAAUCGCGUCCAGCUCAGCGGAAUCACACGUCGUCGGCACGUCUUCGGCCUCCUGCAGACUCCCAGAAUCGGCAGCACCCAGAAGGCGGAGACUGUUCGGCGGCGUCAAGAGCUUUACCAUGUUCGGUGGCAGGUCCCAAACACAAGGCCGAUCGAUAUCGUUACCCGAAAAACAGGUUAAGUACGCGGCGGGUACGAGACCGUUUGGACAACCCCUAGUGUUACCCAGUCAACCCCCAGACGGAGACCUGCAACAGCCAGUAGACCUUCAGCUGCAACCCGGACACAGGCGGAGCUUGAUGGCCGGCGCCGUUAUGGCGGCCAAGAAGAAUUUAACUUUUAAAAAAUAA